GAAGUAGCAGUUAAACUGGAAUCAGCAAAGGCCAGACAUCCUCAGCUGUUGUAUGAGAGCAAACUAUACAAGAUUCUCGCAGGUGGUGUUGGUGUCCCUCAUGUAAGAUGGUUUGGUCAAGAGAGGGAUUUUAAUGUUCUGGUUAUGGAUUUGUUAGGGCCGAGUUUGGAAGAUCUGUUUAAUUUCUGUAGCCGCAAGUUCACCAUGAAGACAGUUCUUUAUAUGUUAUUUAUAACUUUUGUUGAACUUGAGUUCACACACAGCAAGAACUUCAUUCACCGUGAUAUUAAACCAGACAACUUCCUCAUGGGCACUGGCAGCCACUGCAACAAAGUUUUCAUUAUAGAUUUUGGUCUGGCUAAGAAGUAUCGUGACAGCGGGACUCGAGCACACAUCCCUUACAGAGAGGACAAAAGUCUGACAGGCACAGCAAGAUACGCCAGUAUCAAUGCUCAUUUGGGAAUUGAACAAAGCCGUAGAGAUGACAUGGAAUCUUUGGGUUACGUAUUCAUGUACUUCAACAGGGGAUCAUUGCCUUGGCAGGGUUUAAAGGCAGCAACUAAGAAGCAGAAGUAUGAGCGCAUCAGUGAGAAGAAAAUGUCAACUCCUGUAGAAGUCCUUUGCAAA